UAUUAUGGUUAUCACCGUGUAGUAUUAUACUAUUGCAAAAACUAGAACAAUUAUUAAAAAUCGUACAACGUAUAUUAUAUUAUUCAAAUAUACCUACUUUCAUUAGUAGUGUUUAUAGUAACACAUUAAUUGUUUUUUACAAGGCAAAGGCGGUGUAUCAUUUUUCAAUAAUCCAAGGUAAAUAACGCCAGCCGUCGCCGCUCUUGUAUUCGCGUAUGUAAUGCGGCUGCUCGUCGGCAAUGCCUCAUGUAUCGACGGCCAGGGAGAACAGUCACAGCGAUAGUCGUCUUAAGUUGUUCAACGGUCUAUUCCGAUGGAAGAAAACGGAAAAAGAAAAACAAAAAGCCAGGCAACUGAGCAAAAGUGAAGUGUGCAUUGCCACGAAAAUGUCGGUAAAAACGAGAAACUCGUGCCCGGCGUCUCCAGCUCUGUCCAUACCCAGGUCCAAAGACGUUUUCCAGGACAUGGAGGCGUUGCGGAUUUCCAGGCACGACAAUCCCUACUUACAGAAAAAAAUUUUAGCUAGUAGAGAAAGCUUGUUGGACGAUAAUAGUAUUGAUCAUGUAUCAGUAGCCGAUGACAUCGACAUUAUGGCUCAGGAAUAUUUGGCCGAUAUGGCUCCAGGUGCUCUGGUUGAACUUCAUCAGCAUAUGGUGAGGAGCCCUCCUCCGACCACGUGGCCACGUAUACCUGCUAUACUAAAAAACAAUGAAAAAGAUCAAGUUCAAGAUCCUUUUGCAGAUAGGUGUUUAAGUCCUCACGGUGUUCGGUCACUCUACCAUAGUCCCUGUUCAAGCGGUUCUUCGAGUUGUGUUGUCUCGCCACGUUACAACCACCAAACUCGGUGCAGCCGAUCGGCAAGUGAAUCUCGAGACCGAGAAAGGGGCAGCAUAAGUUCACUGUUCAACCCGUCGUCGUUGCUGUCUUUGACCGACAUGAGCCGUUUCCAUCAUCAUAGUCGUACUGCCACCGAAGAAAAUCAAAAACUCGUUUAAAAAAUAUAAUUUAUGUUCUCCAUAAGGUGUAAGGUGUAUAUUAUAUUAAUUAUUAAUUACCGAUUAGGGGUUGUGCUCACAGGCCACUAAGUCUUAUACCGUAUACGAUCCAGUCUAUCUGGAAAAUUUCUAUUUCCUAACCGGCAAUUUAGCCUAUUAUAAGAACCACUGUAUUACAUUGUGUGUUUUACGUUUUUAUUCACUCACAAAUUUUAUGGAUUUCCAAAAAAAAUGUUUUUAUAAGUAUUUCAGACAUUUUUAAUUAAAUAUACUUUACCCAAUUUUUCCUAAAAAAAAUUACGGGCUUUUCGGAAAAUAUAUUUUUUAGCAAAUUUUGAACCUUGACUUAAAUAAUAUAAGUAUAUAUAUUUUUUUUAAUUGCCUAAGAGCAUUUUUAUUUAAACGAUUAAAAAUCUUUAUAAAUAUAAAUCAAAGAAGUAUUAAUACAUACAUACGAGUAAGAUAUAUAUAUAUAUAUAUAUACAAAACGUGUGUGGUUCUACUUCCAGUGAAAGUAGUCCCAUUAACUAAAUAAUAUAAUAAUAUUAUGAUGGACGACUAAACGUAUUUCAACUAAUUGAGGAGCUCCCGUGAAAAAUCACCAAGUCCAAAAUCCCUUUUUUUUUGUUUUUCUACAGACCUGCAAGUAAAACGCAACGCCUUAGAGCUGGUGUCAUCAAGAGGCCUUGCAAGGAACUAAUCUAAAAAACGUACGGACAUGGCGUUUUAUUAAGCCAUUGGCGUUGCAUUUUACUAUAGGUCUAUUAAAAAACAAAAACAAAUAAUUUUAGACUUAAAUGCUUUUCCACCGGAGCUCCUCGAUUGUUCAGCUAAUUUUUAUUUUACAGAGUGUAUCAUUUAAAGUUAUAAACAGGAACAAACAUUAAUCAUAUCCACUCAAAAUUUGUUCAGUAAUUGAAUAGUAAUAUUGUUGAAAUUAUAUUUGUCGUUACUUGUUUCUCUAACACGUCAAAGUGUACGAACAAUAUGCAUUUAUUGGCUGGUACUGAACACUUAGAGAUCACUUAGAGAUAGUCUUUUAUUAUAAAAAAUAUCGUGCACGUGUUAGGACUGACGUCAGAAAUCGCGUAAGUAUAAUCCACAUCUUCCAGGUGUUUUAUUCAUUAUGCUGUAAAUAGUUUUCAGUGAAUAGCUAUUUUAAGUUUUCGACCGUCACUCGAUAAUCGAUAUUCAAUCUCGGUCUCGCUAAUGAUUCGCAUUUCGCACAUGGAAAAAAACAUUGGUAAAACAAUACCCAGAACCUUUUAUUUACGAAAAUAACAUAAAUCGGUUGCCUAUUUUAUGUUGUAAUAAUAUUUUGUUGAAAAUAAAAUAUUAAUUAUGUUGUUAUUUUUGUUUUAAAUUUGCAAUUACCUACACAAUACAAGACUUAACGCAUAUAAUAAAUCGUGCAUAGACUUCCAAAUGUAACUUUGCGACAAAAUCAAAUUUCAUGACGACACAAAUUUUAACUGUUAAAUCGUUGAGAAAUUGCCAACUAAAUUUUUUUUUAACAUUGGGAAGUUAAAAUGUAUAGAUAACCUAGAACUAGAACGCAUUAUAUUCGGCUUAGCAUUGGUCGAUGGAAACAAUGCAGAUGUUAAAAUAACUUUGAAGUGUUUUUAUGAAAUAGCUAUUAAGAAAUACAAAAUAUUAUGAAACAACUAUUGUAAAUUAUGUUAGCAAAACACAUUUAACAGCUGGUUGUUUAAUUUUUGAAUUAAUUAACGUUAUUACUUAUUAAAAACGUAUAUUCUAUUUAAAAAAAGGUACUUAGAUUAUUUUCUAUAAUAAAUGAAACUGAUCAAAUAAAAAUAAACACAAUAUUUUGUUUAGUAGAUAAUCGUUUUAU